AUGAGCGCGCCGAACCCCUUCAUCGCGAACGGAACCUGCUUUCACGGGCCCGGCGAGGCGGUGGACGAGUGGCUUCCCUGCGGCAACGUCGUCUUUGGCGACAAGUCCUGCUGCCAGGCCGGCGACAUGUGCCUGUCGAGCCGCGCUUGUUACAACGGCCGCUUCGGAAUCACUUACCUCGCCGGCUGCAGCGACCCCGAGUAUCGCCACCCGAGCUGCCCGGACAAGGGCGCAUUAAGUGACCAACCGUGGGCCGGCCUGGUGUACUGCAACGGCACGUCGGAAGAAUGGGUUGCGUGCGAGCAGUCGGCGCGGCCGACGACGCUCACGUCGGCCGACGCGUGCUGGUGCCCGCAGACGUCCCGCACCGUGGCCUUCGCCGACGCGGCGACGCUCCGCAACGUCGUCCAGCUGCCGACGGCGCUGGGCGGCAGCGUCAUAUGGCAGCCCGGCUUCGUCCCGAUGCCUACGCAGCCAAGAGAAGAGGCCACGCCGGCGGCUACUCCGACGAGCGGCCCGACGACGACGACGACGACGACGACGUUUGCGACGAUUGCGACGAUUGCAACGACGACGGCAGCCGGAUCGAGUUUACUGCCGCAAGCGACAGGCACCGGGACGAGUCCGGACGGCGCAAACACCGGGCUGACCACGGGCGGCACGGUCGGCGUUGCCGUCGGCGCCGUCUGCGGAUCCUUAUUCUUGAUCGGCGUCAUCAUAUACCUGUGCCAUGAGUGGCGCAGGUCUCGGAAUGGACCGCCGGCGGAGCGGGACCACGCGGAGAUUAACGGGGCGGGCCCCGGCCUCGUGGGGUGGAAGCCGGGCUUGCGCAAGUCCAGCGCGAGGACGGAGCAGACGGCCGAGCUGGAGUCGCCCGGCGCGGCGCGGCCCAUGUCGGAGCUGGACAACACGCAGGUCGUACGGCACGGGUUCCACCACGACGGGUUCCAGGCGACGGGGACGAGACCGAUGGGUCCCAUUGCCGAAUUGCCCGGAUGA